GUAGAUGAACGAGAUGUAGUUGAAUAUUAUGAAAAGAAUGUGUUCUGGACGGUUGACUUUCGCUCCGACUUUGCAAGAGUUGCUAGAAUACUCACUGGAAACGCUAUAGGUUUAGCUUUAGGAGGUGGUGGUGCAAGAGGUGCAGCUCAUGUAGGAGUCUUACGAGCCCUAAGGGAAAGGGGCAUUCCUGUGGACAUUAUUGGUGGUACAUCAAUUGGCGCUCUCGUGGGAGGAGUUUACGCAGGUACACCCGACGAGAGAGUCGAAGAACGUGCGAGUGUUUGGUUUGGGACGAUGACGAGCCUUUGGCGCAAAAUUUUGGAUUUAACAUAUGCGCAUUCGGCCAUGUUUACGGGUGCUCAGCUAAACAAGUGUUUGCGAGAUCUUUUUGGUGAACAAGACAUAGAAAAUCUUUGGAUGCCAUACUUCUGCAUCAGCACAGAUAUUACAACUUCUGAGAUGCGAGUGCACCGUAGUGGACCACUGUGGGCAUACUGUAGAGCGUCAAUGUCACUCGCAGGCUAUCUUCCACCGAUGUGUGAUCCCCAGGAUGGUCAUCUGCUUUUGGAUGGCGGAUAUGUCAACAAUCUUCCUGCCGAUGUGAUGAAAUCGAUGGGUGCAAAAUGCGUAAUUGCGGUAGAUGUCGGUUCUUCUGAAGAAACGAAUCUGUACAACUAUGGUGAUUGUCUCAGUGGAUUAUGGGUCCUUUGGCAGCGUUUAAAUCCAUGGGCUGAACCUGUGAGAAUCUUGAAUAUGGAGGAAAUACAGACUCGGUUGGCAUAUGUAUCAUGCGUUCGACAGUUGGAACUUGUAAAGAAAGCACCAUACUGUAGCUACUUCCGACCAGCUAUUGAUCCAUUUAAAACGCUGGAGUUCAACAAGUUUGGGGAGAUUUUGGAAAUUGGUCAUGAAUACGCUAAAGGAAAGAUUGAGGAACUCAUGGAAUCUCCAACAUUUAGCAACUUGUUAAUGGGUGAUGCUCAACAAACUCGAUUUCAUCGUCAGCUUAGCAGAACCAAUAAGCGUCCUAAUCUGGAACGUUCAACGUCAUUUACGGAUCUGGCAGCUGCACUAUCGAAAAUUCCUAGCGUUCGGCCAGUGUUACGACAUUCGUUGAGCGCAUACGACCCGACAGAUGAAGUCUUUGAAGAUAUCGAUUUUUGGGAUCGUAGGUUUUUCCUACUUAUUUGUGUUUCUGCAUCAUCUUUCUGUAAUGGUGGAUGA